AUGUUAGGGGAAACGCGAAGAAAAACAGAACUCCUAAAGGAAACCGAAGAUGCAACCGUGAUCGAUCAAGUGGUCGGAGCUGAUGAUCCCGAGAAUAACGGGGAAUAUAUGACUGAAAAAAACCCAUGUAAAACAAGCUCUCUUGAUCCUGAGGUAAAGCAAUACAGAUAUGAGAACGGCCGAAGAUAUCAUGCCUAUAGCGAGGGACUGUACUGGGCUCCUAACGAUGACAAGCAGAAUGAGCAGCUCGAUAUAUUUCAUCAUGUUUACACUCUCGUCCUUGAUGGAGCUCUAUACUUGGCACCUAUCGGCGAGAAUCUAGAACGCGUCCUUGAUCUUGGAACUGGUACUGGGAUCUGGGCGAUCGACAUUGCGGACAAGUUUCCGAAUACGAGAGUCAUUGGAAAUGACCUUUCACCGAUACAGCCUACAUGGGUACCUUCAAAUUGUUCCUUUGAAAUCGAUGAUUUCACAAAGCCAUGGGAACAUAUCUUGAAUUCAUUCAAUUUCAUUCACGGGCGAGCUCGACAUGGGUCGGUUUUCAGUUGGACCUGUUUGUAUAAAGAAGCAUAUGCUGCUCUUAAACCUGGUGGAUGGUUCGAAUCCGUUGAGACUACAAUUGGGUUUUAUAUUGAUGACGAUGAGGGCCAACCUACUGCUAUUGGUUCCACCACGUCUAUAUCACAGUGGUGUAGGCUAGGAAUCGAAGCGUCAGAAAGAGCAGGAAGACCAUUUGGUAUUACAGAUAAGUUAAAGGGAUGGAUGGAAGACGCUCUCUUUGUCAAUAUGGAGGAAAACAUUUUCAAGGUCCCCAUUGAAGCUUUAGAGGGGUUUACUUUGUCGCUUUUCACGCGUUUCUUUGACUGGACCGCAGACGAGGUUUAUGUUCUUCUUGCUGGUGUUCGCUCUGAGUUACGGUCUAAGGAUAACAAUUUUUACUUCAAAAUGUACGUUGUUUACGGACAGCGGCCAUUCGAAUAG